GUUUAAACCUCAUCUGCUAUGAGUACUAGUAUUACUACUACUACUUAUACAUUAUCUGGUACUAGUACUACUACUACAACAACUAAUAAUACUAAUACAUCAUCUGAUACGACUAUUAGUACUAACAUUUUAUACAUUAUGUGCCACUGAUUACUACUAGUCCUACCCCUAAUAAUUCUAGUAACAAUACUACUACUUCAUACAGGAACAGGUCAUAAGGUCUAUCAUCUGUCCAAAGUAGACCAGGUCAUAAGUUCCAACAUCCGUUCAUAUAGAAAGGGUUCAUAUCUUCUCUAUAUCUGUCCAUAGGGGACCGGGUCAUAAGUUCUAUCAUUGUCAUUCUUCAGCUGCUUUUAUGUUUUAAUGCUUUUAAUCAGAAUCACAUCCAGAGUGAGCACUGAAAACCUGGUCAACAUAAAGAACUCCCUCAACCACAUCCUGGUUGCUAAGAAACCGGUGUGGCAGGGCUUCUUGGCUUCGUCUCCCUCCUUGCAAUCCGGCUCCACCCCCAGAAUCUGUAACCAAAUAUCCCAGGAUGCAUCUGUGCAGGACUGGAGUCAGAGGUCGGCACAGAAUAAGACUCAUCAGUGUGGGGAGAGGAAGUGUGUCAGCAGAUCAUCGGACACAACUGGCCCCCCCUGUGUUCCUGUCAGUUCUAUCAUAGUACCUGCUGAAGAUCCCCAUCCUCCAGGAGCCUCGCCCAAUGUACCAGCCUCAGUCAGCAGCAAGUUAUCGGAUCAGCACGCUUAUCUGCAAAGCCUGGAUCGCACCAGCAGAGCUUGGGUGCUGUCUUCUGGGAAGACCCAGACAUUGGAUGAGGCAUGUGGGGUUCACCAGGAGAGCAGCAACAUCUGGUACAACCCUAUCCCUGAGGAGGAGGACGCAGGAGGUCCAUGCAAGGAGGAGAUUUGGAGGAGGAGAGACGAGAGGAAGGAAGGAGAAGCCGCCUGGACGACAGAGCUGGGAGGAGGGUUGUUUGGGUCAACAGAAAGCUCUAGUGGGGACUUUUCACUGGAUGAAAUCAAUCCCAGUGUUAGCAAUCAUACUGAUGACGUCAACACAGAAAACCCAGAUAUCAGCCCCGCCCCUCCAAAGAAAGAAGGCGUGUCCGGUAGUAUGAUUGAUAGGCUGAGGUCUCCUGGCACAGUGAGGAAACUCUCUCUAAAGAUGAAGAAACUGCCUGAGCUGCGCCGUAAACUCAGCCUUCGCUCCUCCUCUCGCAGCCAACGACAGGCGGUCGACAGAGGAGGAAACGAGUCGACGAGUAAGACCUUAUCAUCUGCAGCAGACCAAAAUGUGAUCAGCAGAUAUCACCUGGAUAGCACCACCCCACCAGCCAGGCCUCUAAGACGAUCAUCGAGAGGACGCCCAGCCAAAGGAGGUUAUCUUAGUGAUGGGGACUCACCUGAGCUACUACCACGGCAACAGGCCCCUACUGUCCCAACUGUCCAGGACAUGGCGGUCAACGUAAGUGAGUACCGACUGUACAUGGGUUCCAAUCCAGCGAGGAGCAGCCAGCGGGUCACAGGUUUACUGACGGUCCAUCUCCUUGGCCUAGAGGAGAUGAAGACCAGCAGGUCAGAGGGCAAUAAGGAGGUGUUCCUAGCUAUCCAGAUUGACGGGGUGACGAGGGCAAGGACCUCCCUCCUGACCCUGAGAGGCUCCGCGCUCCCAUUGAACCACACUUUUCACCUGGAGCUGGAGCGAGCCUGGCUGCUCCGCAUAGUGGUGUUAACACCAGCAGCAGGUUCAGGGUCUAAAUCCGUGACGGACCAGACUUUAGCCACUCCACCCAGGAACCGGGUCUGUGGACUGGGAGCAGUCUCCAUCCCUCCACUCUUUAAAGGGAGCCGCAGUCAGCAGCUCUGUGUGAAGUUAGAGCCCAGAGGUCUUCUUUAUGUCAAACUAUCACUACAGGAGAAGUGGGAUACACAGCCCUGCACUGACAAAUCAGGCCCUUCUAAUGUGUUUGGGGUUGAACUGCACCAUCUAGUGGAGAAAGAAGGAUCCUCUUCACAGAUUCCACUGCUCAUCCAGAAAUCUGUGGAAGAGAUAGAGCACAGAGGUCUGAAGGUGGUGGGUCUGUACAGAUUGUGUGGUUCCGCUGCGGUGAAGAAGGAGCUCAGGGAUUGGUUUGAGAGGAACAGUUUGGCGGUUUGUCUCAGUGAGGAUCUGUACCCCGACAUCAACGUCAUCACAGGUAUACUGAAGGACUACCUGAGGGAGCUGCCUUCUCCACUCAUCACUAGGACUCUAUACCAGGUCAUCAGGCAGGCCAUGACCCUACGACCCCCACAUGCCCCACCAUGGACCCCUGAUCCCCAGCUGGCCCAGAGCACUGUGGAGUUGCUGGCCUGUCUGCCGCCUCCAGAGCGGGCCACCCUGUCUCUGCUUCUGGACCAUCUCAGUCUGGUGGCCUCCCUCAGCUCAUUCAACAGGAUGACCCACCAGAACCUCGCCGUCUGCUUCGGUCCGGUGCUCCUCACCCCAACCCAGGAGGCCUGGAAUGGGGGAAGAGGGGGGAAGGUAUUUGGUCAUGCUGAAGAGAUGGCGAACGCUGUGGAUUUCAAGCGACAUAUUGAGGCCUUGCACUACUUGCUGCAGCUGUGGCCAGUGCCGACCCAUCAGUUCCCAGCAGAUGACCACAUCGAUAUCUCCCCACCUCCCUCCCCAGCCCUCACCCAGAACAUCCGUGGAAAGCAGCAGUGGCGUCCUAUGCUGCAAUUAACUUUGCCCCAGAACCCUGAGGUGGUGGUGGUGUCAAGGCGGGGUCGGGGUGGCCUUCCCCGGGUGGAGAGUCCCCCACCGAUCAACCGGUACGCCGGCGACUGGAGUAUCUGUGGACGAGACCUUCUGUCGGGACAGGACGCUGAUUAUGACGAGGUUGCUGGAAGUGAAAGUGACAGAGGCAGCGGGGAUGAAGGAAAGGUGGCGAAGAAUGAGUCGAGAUCCUCGGGAGGAGGAGGCCUCUACAUGGAUGAGUUCAUGGAUUUUGACGCUCCGUUUAACUGCCGCCUAAGUCUGAAAGACUUUGACGCUCUGAUCCACGACUUAGACAGGGAGCUUGCCAAGCAGAUCAACAUCUGUCUGUAGCGCCACACCCACUUAUUGAUCAAGCAUAUCAACCUCUGUCUCAAGAGCCACACCCGCAUUUUGAUCACUGAGAUCAACAUCUGUCUGCAUAGCCACACCAUCUUAUUGAUCUGAUCCAAAGGUAAACUUUUUUUUCCGCAGCUGUUGACUAAAUAUGUGAACUGAACUGUGCAGACAGUCCUGCUCUUUUCUGUACCCGCUGCCCCCCUCCUGGUUUCUGUACCCAAAGCUUUAUUUUGUACCUCCCAGCACAGCAGAACGAUGUGAGCUACACUCUCCAUAGAAGAAAUAUGAUGCCAUACAGUGUUACCAAUAAUGCUGUUUAUUAAGAGUAUUUUCCCUUUUUUUGCACAAUAAUGCGAUAAGCACUUAUUUUUUUUAAUUGAUAAUGACAACGUUUCGAAUUAAAUUAAACCAAAGUGUUGGCACACAGCUCCUGUUGGAACACUCUAUUAACCUAUUAAACACAUUAUUAUUUUCAUUACUCAUAUUCUUUGUAUUAAUUAACCAGCAGUGCGCUUUCAUAAAGGUUAAGCUUCAGCUCUUUUUUCUUAUCAAAUGUUUUAAAAGCAUAUUGAGUUUGAAGAUGUAAUCAUAAUUUAAGGACAAAGUCACACAAAUAUAUAUUGACUUUUACUUUAUAUUUAAUUUCACUGGACCCGAUCCAUUCACAGCAUGGUACAUGAGCACCAAUGUUUUGAAGUGGAUGUGUGCAGCCACUGGUAACCAGUGAAGACAGCGAAGGAUUUGCGUAGUAUGGGAGAAUUGAGGAAGGUCAAAGACCAGUCAAGCUGCUAUAGAGUCUGUUUUUAGCAGUUAUAUGACACACUCACACACAAUGAUUAAAACUGAUGACAUUUU